AUGCAAACUGCAUGCUCGCAGGACAGGCACCCAGACACAAAGGACGACAUAAUGGCGGAUGCCAUGUGCACAUCAGAGUUCUACACAGAGGUGCCGGACUACUCGACCAGGCUAAAUGCCAUCCUUGAAACCUUUUUGGUGAAGCUAGAGAGCCGGGCACGGCAGCUCAAAGAAUGCACACGACCAAGUAGGAAGAAAUCCAAGCAACACCGCGAGUUACUCCUCUACUUAACAGUGCUCCAAGAUGGUGCUGCAGAAAGAAAUGCCUCCCGUCUGCAAGCAUCCACACGAGGGGAUACCAUGCACGACAGCGAAGACACAGAGUGCUGCAAACCCUCCAUACACCCAGCAACCAACCGGGUCAAGCUAGUCAGCCGCGAAAGGCACGUCGCCCUGCACCACACCGGACGCAGACAAAGCCAGGGAUAA